UACACUGUGUACAUAGAGACAUUCAUGACUGAUUGUUGGAAGUUUUCCUAUCUGUCCUCUAUUUUACUGCCGAUUACUGCUGACUGUUGAUGGGCUAUAGCCUGUAUGCGACACUCUCAACGAUGCCCAUGUCCAAGGAGUCUUGAUGAUGAUGAAUAUGCAAUGAUACAGAAUCAUGUAUCAACGAAUGAGAUUGGAGCGGCUUGGGAGCAAUUCAAAGAAGUUGCCACCGGCCUGUGAAACAGUAUUGCCAUCAAGAGAAUCCACACCAAGGCCGACCGGAGAAAGCACUAAAUAUCGUUUAUAUCAGGCAGUCAAAGAUAACAGCCUCAGUGACUUGCUGAAGAUAAUGCAAGACGGAAAACGUAGUCUAGGACAUGAGACAUUUCUCUGGAUAUUCACUCUGGCUGCCAAAUAUGGACUGGUGCAGUUUGCACAGGCGAUGAUCGAUAAUGGUGUUGGUGUCAAUGAACAGGACUGUAAUGGGAACUCUGGCCUUCUCUUGGCUGCACGAUAUGGCCAAGAAAACGUAGUGAACUAUCUUGUUCAAUCAAAUGCGGAUCCAAACUUGUGCAAUAAAAUCACGCAGCGCUUACCUUUCCACCUCGCCUGUGAAUACGGACAUUCUGAGUGUGUUCAGAUUCUCCUGACUGGCGUCAAUGAUGUGAAUGAAGUAGAUGGUACCAAUGAGCCUCCUAUAGUCCUGGCAUCGAGACAUGGUCACACAACUGUUGCCAAAGUUCUCAUAGAGAGCGAAUGUGAUGUUGAAAAGCUGAGUCUGACUGGCAUGUUGGGAAGGAGAGCUUUGCACUAUGCUGCUGCUGCAGACCAUAUCAGUGUUGUUGAGGUCCUCUUGUCCGCUGGAGCUUCACCAGAUGUACCUGAUGUUACUGGGAACACACCUCUUCUGCUGGCAGUCACUUCGGACAACUUCGCCGUGUCCACUACCUUGAUCAAACACAAUGCAGACGUCAACCACAGGAAUUCCCUUGGGCUGUCUUCCGUCAUAAUAGCUUCUUCUCAAGGCUUCUCGGGAGUUCUUGAACUACUUCUUCAAAAUGACGCUGAUCCAAAUACCCUCAACCACAUGGGGGAUCCUGCCAUUCUUGUCGCCACUCAGAACGAACAUGAGAAAUGUGCAAGAUUACUAUUAGAACAUGGUUGUGACUUGAAUCUAUUCAAUCCGAAACAUGGACGGUCUGCACUCUAUUGGGCAAUCGAUAACAAAAUGACUAAACUUGUUGAGUUCAUGAUUCAAUAUGACGCCGACAUUAAUGCUGGAAUUUUGGGGAUUCCUCUUGAAGCAGCGGUGCGAAAAAAGGAUGCUGUAAUUGUCGACAUGUUGCUCAAGAAAGGGGUAGAUGUGAACAAGAGAGUCGAACCAGAGCAGGCCACUGCGUUGCUGUACGCUCUGGACUGUAGCUUUGAUGACAUUGCCAAGAUGCUUCUCAACGCUGGUGCUGAUCCCAAUGCACAGACAAUUUAUAAUGUCACAGCUAUUACGCUUGGGCGAAGAAAGCCAGGAAAAGACAGCGUCUUUAAAAGACUCAUAGAGAAGGGUGUAGAUAUCAAUCAUAGAGCCUUCCGUGGCUAUUCUGCCAUCUACCCUGAUUCUGUAAAAGCCCUCCUCGAUGCUGGUGCCAAUUCGGAUACCACUAACGAAGCAGGAGAUUCGCCCCUGUUGAAGGCAGCAGUCUACAAUCGCAUUGAGGUGGCGCGAUUACUUAUACGCAGUAACUGUGAUAUCGACCGGAAGGGUAAAUGCUUUACUCCAUGCCAGGUGGCGCUACUCCAUUCACGGUCCUUUAGAAUUGCCCGUAUGCUGAUUGCUGCAGGUUGUGAUUUGAGCUUUAUGUUCCUUUGGGAGAAAACGUGUUUCCCGGAGCCACUUGAAGAGAAACCCGAGCGCAUAUCUUGGCUUAUGAAAAAGGCAGCUGAACCUAAAACUCUGAUGCAGAUAUGUCGAAAAAGUAUUCUCAAUGCUCUCGGCAUUGGUACUUGCUCCGCUCAGAAAAUCGAUGCACUAAAUCUUCCACGCAAUUUAACCAAAUAUCUGAAGUACAGUGAGUUUAAUAGAAGGCACAUCGAUGACUAUGAAUGUGAUGAUUCUGGUGAUGAUGUUGUUAGUGAUGAUGAUGAUGAUGAUGAUGAUGAUGAUGAUGAUGAUGAUGAUGAUGAUGAUGAUGAUGAUGAUGAUGAUGGUGAUGGUGAUGGUACUGAUUCUAAAGGUACAGCUUCUGUUGAAGGUAGCGGGACGUCCUCCCCUGUUAGCUCUGAGGACUGUGUCAUCUCUUGAAUUUUUGGCUUGCUUGAAGUACUUUGGCUCAUGGAGGGCUAUGAGUCCUGGACGAAGACCGGGCUGUUAGGUCCAUGGUUGUUUGAUGACUGCUCAGCUACAAGUAAAGUAGAUGGUGACUGCCGGUUAUGUCACAGACUUUGACCAGGAGUACCUUAAAAUUUCAUGCUCCUGUAUAGCGAAGUGUUUAAGGUCUCGACAAAACAUUGCUGCGAUUUGACUUUUAGAGUAACAUAUAUGUAGAUUAGCCAGAAUGAGUUGGCCCCAAAUGGAUUCUUGUAUGUUAAACAUUUUAGGUCAGGACAAAUUGCUAUGUGUUCCUAUAGAUAAAGUGCCAUAUUGUCCUUUUUGAUUUGUAUUUUGAAAGACGCCUUGAAGACAUAAGAGUAGUUAAAGAACACCGUGCAAUAGCUUGAGAGCCAUCUACAUCUACAUUUUUGUAAUGACUUGGGGGGGCCCAGUUUGGAUCCAUCUGCAGGGUAGUGCAAUUAGGAACAACUAUUUAAGGGUACAAUAUUUACAUUGUAGUUAAUUGGGGUCAUCCCAAAAUAUAUAAUUUUAUUGUAGUUGGUAAGAGCAAAAUAUAUAAGCGAAUCGAAGUUAUGCGAAGAGAACAUGGCAAAUGUUUUGGUAAUGCUGAAACUAUAAUGUCUUUGGGUGAUGUUGGAACUACAGUAGAACCUCCCUUAUCGGACAACCUCUCUAUUAAGGACAAUAAUUUUGGUCCUAUUGGUUGUUUCUAUUCAACUUGACCUCCCUAAUCGAGACGCCUCUCUAUUUAGGACAGUAUAUACUUGUCAGUCCCAAGAGUGUCCUUAAUAGAGAGGUCCUACUGUUAUUGUAAUUUCAGGACAAUGCCGGUUUUAUUUGAAGAAAUGCAGAACAUAUUGCAUCAGCAUCACCUGGGAUGACAUGUACCCUCUUGGUUGAAUUAACCAAUGUGAUAUUUGCCCUUUCAGCAUCCUGAGGAAAUUGGGGGUUAAUGUUUGCUUCUCUGGCCCUGCACACGAACUGUUUGUGUGCAGGGAACAUUAACCCAGGCCCUGAUUUCCUCAGGAAGCCUUUUGGUUGAAGUAUAAACCAAUGUGAUCAAAUAUUUUUUGAGACAUUCAUAUUUUGGCAUGU